AUUAAUUUUACUAAAAAAAGAAUCACCAUUAAAACGCGGGGUUUUUAAAAUUCAAACUUUCGCGCGCUAUCUAGCGGCAAAAUUCAAAAAUCAUACUAUUGGUUAUUGGCUCAUGACGUCAGAAACUCACACGAAUUUACGGACUCAAUGUGUGAGAUUGUGUAAACAAGACUGGGGCACACACACACGCACACAUAUAUAUGAUAUACAUAUAUAUACAUAGGACAGCACAGAAUGAAGGAAGGAAUAGAAGUAGGGCUGUGCUGGUUCUAUUAUAAUCUGCUGCUAGCACUCAGCUACUAGACUUAACUCAUAUAUUUAUCCGCGCAUUUAUAAAUCGAUUAUUAUUAUAUAUUUUAAGCCACUUAUUAUUGUUGCACUGUGAUCUAAAUUUACUCAUAAAAAAAAUUUAAUAAUUAACAAAUAUUACAGAUAAUAAAAAUAAUUAUCUGAAAUAGUUUUAGUGAAUUUCAUCAAUAACAUCAAUGGAGCAGUCGAGAUGUUAAUGCGUUUCUGAACUCACUAAAUAAAACCGAUUGAUAUGUGAAUGGCCAGUGAGAAGUGAUUGUUAAUGUUAAUGUGCUGCCGAAAUUAUUUUUUAUCUCAUGUUUCUUCAUGUAAAGUAAAUCAACAGCAAGUAGUGCAGCUGUCAAUGAUGACAGAACUCUGCUGGAAAUAAAGCAACUCGAUGUCAGGGUGUUAUUAUUCAAAUAAAAGUUUAUGACUAUCAUGAGAUAACGACGUGAGAAUGAGAUUUAAAGGAUGUAACCUAUUUGGUUAUUCUAUAUUCGUAAUUUUACAUCUUUACGAUGAAGUCGAAGGAGGAGGAGGAGUCUGCAAAGAUCUGCAGGGUCAGACUUAUGACAGUGGAUUUUAUUACAUUCCAGAGCCUUGUACACUUUGCGUAUGCGAUAAUGGGAAUCCCAAGUGGUGCAAAGCUGUCAUUUGUCGGCUGUCGCAGAAAUCGAUACCUAAGCAGGACUGCAAGUCGUUCAGAAUUGGAACACCUUGCUGCGAGUUUAUCUGCUUGGAUGACACUUUGUCGUCAGUGACGAAUGACAAGACAGAUGGAAUAGAGGGUAAUAAUGGUGACUCGAGUGCCAGUUAUGAUCUAGGUUUGAGGCUGGUUGCUAGCUGCAUCACGGCUAUUCUCUCCCUGAGUCUCCUCUUUUUUCUUAUCCAUCGAUUGCGACAGAGAAAAAUACGAGUUUGCAUAGCAGGCAGACAGAACCGAGAGCUAACGGAAGAGCAGCGUAGUCUUGGAAGCAUGGGUUACCUUGAACGUGGAGGGCUGCCACAUGGAAUGCAAAUGGACGAAAUGGCUUGCGGGGGUGGUUACUCGCUCUGGAAACCCCCGGGUAAUUAUUUUCCACGUGGAGAAGCUCCGCCGCCUUACGAAGAAGCUGUGGCAGCCGCACGUGCCGAGCAGGCUCUGCUGACAAUGAACCCGAACGCUUUGUCAUCAUUGAAUCUUCCAAACUCGUACCUCACAACCCAGCACCACUCGAUGUCUGCGGCCAUUCCGACGCAAAAUAAUUUGCCAGCAAGUGCACCAGCUCCCGUGGCGUACAACGCAACAAGUCCAUCGUCUUCUGUCAACGCGAGACAAAUGAACCCCAGCCAGCACCCGUGUCACCAGCAAUUACUUCCGCCCGCAGAUGAAAAUAUAUCUGCUGGCUACUACAGCGGCUCCGCGGUAACAAAUUUUAGUGUCGAGACAAAUAUUUAUGAAAAUACUGUCCCAGUACCGGUGCCAGUGUCCAUGACAAAUCAGCAGCGUUCACCAGAACAUUCCAGUGUUACUCACAGUACACACAGUACUCAUAAUACUCAUAGUACUCAUGAGCCGACGCACUUACAAAGCUACCGCGAGUCUCUGCGCCACUCAGCGUUACCUCGACAAGGAAGUGCGUUUACCAUUUCAGCGACAGUGCCAAAUCCAAACACUAUAUCAACGCAUCGUACUAUUCCGCGUACCUUAACUACAAGUAAUGCUAAAUUAAGACGUGAUUUUGUUAAUCAUCAGCAGCCGACAGUCUUGCCGAUAAAUACCAGCAGUACCACAAAAGAUGCUAAAUCGACGGAACACAUUCCUAGACCUACAACGUCUUCAUUAAAUCCUGCAAACGUUAACACUAAUGUCAAUGUCAAUGCUAGUGCUAGUGCUAGUGCUAAUGCCGGUAAUUGCACUAGUGCUAGCAGUAGUAAUGACAACAAUUUAUCACUAAUAAACAAUGGACAUAUAGAGACACGUGAUAACCAGCAGCGACUUGCUGCUGAACCCUCCUCGGAGGCUAAAAAUAAUUUUACUACGCCUGCUCGUGAUAAGGCGCCAUCAUUAAUGUUUAGCAAUAGCGCUGAACAAGACGGUAGUUUUGAUUCGGUAACGUGUACAUGUAGCUCCCAAGUCCUUCCAACGUUGCACGACGACACUGACGACUAUCGUAGUGAGUGCGAAAAUUGUAAAAGUGCAACUGGUUCGCGGUAUUAUCUAGAUAAUGAGGAUGAACUAGUGACGUCGCCACAUGAAACGAUGACACUUCACAGAAGACCUGAAGAAACUGCCGCAAGUAUUACACCUCAGUAUUACAGGACUUCAUUGACACUGCCAACGAGUACUCGCCAGCGUACUAGGAGCACUGGCGGCCGAGGUAAUUGGUUUAGUUCUAUGCCAGAAAGUUCAACAGAAUCUUCCGAUAAUGAUUAAAAGUUAACUAAAAAAAGUCUUAAUUAUAUAACUUUUUUUUGUCUCAAAUUUACUGUGCGAUGUUUUUGUCAACCUGAUUAUUAUACUGUAAGUAUUAACGAGAUAUACAUGCAUAUAAUUAAUUAUUAAUAAUUAUUAAUUAAAAUUGACAUUUCAUGACUGCUAAAUUGACGGAUUUAAAUGACAAAUAUUAAUAUUAAAGGACGUGUAAGAUUAUUUUUUUUUCUUACAAAUAUCAGAAAUUGGGUAAUAGUCUGGUAUCACAACUGGUCAUAUAAGUCAGCCUUCUUUUUACCUGCAUUGAAAUUAGUUUCAAUGUUCCUUAAUCGGUGGAGAUGAGCCGAUUUCAGACGAA